CUAGAAGAACAACCUAGUAGGGUUCGCUGCAGCGCUUACACUUAGUGAACAUAAUGGUAUUGUCAUAAUACUUGGUAUAUCUCUGUCUGUAGCUUGAACUGCACUCAAGAAACUUACUAAAUAGGAAGGGUACCUUGUCUCGCGAUGUCGCAAAAGAACUUCUCACAAGCAGGCUUGCAAAGGAUCGUCAUUGUAUUCCUCGCUUGAGGAAUGAGCUUCUGCACAGAGGCGAACUUCCAGGUUGCGCCUGGAGUGUUCACUCAUGACUACACGGUUCAGGAGGUGGAGGCAGCUGGAGGCUGCUGCCAGUCCUUCGUGUGCGGCGUGCGCUGUCCCGAGGAGUUUGAUGACACGGGCGUGUGGCUGGGGUUCGGGGUGCCGGUGGCGCUGGUCAGCGCCUCCUGGGCCGUGAUGGGGAUCGCCAUUGCCUUCCUGACUCUGCGCUCCGACGCCGACUACGCCGGCUUCUUCGUGUGCAACCGCUCCCUGCCGCUGUACAUCGUGGCCUUUGCGCUGCUGGGGCAGGGCCUGGACACCAGCAGCAGCCUGGGCAACGUGGUGAACUCGUACCGCUUCUCCUUCUGGGAUGGAGCCGUGAUGCCCAUUGGCGUGGGGCUGUCGCUCAUCUUGAACGGCAUAUUCCUGGCCUCCCCCAUCAACCGCAUGGGGCUGCUCACACUGCCCGACCUGUUCCGGCGCAAGUAUGGCGCCUUCAUGGAGGUGAUUGUGUCACUGAUCGAGAUCGCCAGCUUCACCGUGCUCCUGGGAGCCAAUCUGGUGGGCAUCUCGCUGGUGUUGCAGUUCUGCUUCGGCCUGCCCAAGGCCGCGGGUGUGGCCAUCAGUGGCUCCGUCCUGGCUGUGUACACCGCCAGUGGCGGGCUGUACUCCGUGGCGCUGACAGACAUCCCGCAGGCCCUGGGCGGCUUCAGCGGGCUGCUGGUGACUGCGGUGUACAUGAUGGCCACGGAGCACGGCGAGCGCGUGCCGGCGCCCUCGCGGGGCUUUGUGGUGGACCUGGGCGGCAACGUCACGGCCUCCACGCCAGGCUACUCCGGGCCGCCCAACUGCCUAGACCCCGCCAGUGGGCAGUACGUGUGCGACAACUACGCCUACCCCGAUGGCGACAGGCUGGCCUACGCACACGCCAUGACGGACCCAAACGCCUACGCGCCCUUCCCCAACGCGGUCCUGUACAACUGGGUGUCCAUCUUCGUCCUGGGCUGCGGAAACAUGUGCGCUCUGGACUUCCAGGCUCGCUGCAUCGCCGCCAAGUCGCCGCGUACGGCGCGUGUGGCCUGCUUCAUCGCCGGCACUGCGCUGGUGCUGCUGGCGGUGCCCUUCGGCAUGCUGGGCGGCCUGACGCGCAAGUACUUCGGACCCGACUCGCCGCGCGCGGAGUUCGAGGUGGACUCCUGCUCCGCGCCGCUGGGCCGCCCCAGCUGCGCCAAGUGGCUGCCGCAGGAGAACACCGCGGUGUUCCGGUUCCUGUGGGAGCAGGCGCCUCGAGCCAUCGGUGCGUGGGCCAUGAUUGCCAUGGUGGCUGCCUCUGUCAGCACGGCCGACGGAGCAAUCCUGGCCACCUCCACAGUCAUGGCACACAACAUCUGGCGCAAGGUGCCACGGAUCGGCGCCCACGAGGGCAACCUGCUGUGGGUGGCCCGCAUCGUCAUCCUGCCCAUGACGCUGCUGGCGUGCACCGUGGCCUGGUUCGCGUACCGCCCGGGGGCGCUGCUGGUCAUCAGUUUCGACAUUGUGCUGGCCGGCGUGUUCGUGCCGCUCAUGGCGGCUGUGCACUGGCCCAACGUCUCACCCAAUGCAGGCAUCCUGUCCUGCAUCUCCGGCUCGCUGCUGCGCAUCACGCUGGAGCAGGUGCUGCCCAAGGACGGCUCCCUGGUGGCACCGCUCAGCCCGUACGCACUGCACUACGGCCAGGCCGUUCCGGGGCUGCCCUCCUUCAUGGAGGUGAGCCCGCCGCAGUACACGGACAAGGCGGGCGUGUGGAACCCGGACACCGAGGUCUGCCAGCAGAGGCCCAUGGUGGACUGGACGGGACUGGACUCGCUGCUGAGCCCCGCCUUCAGCUUUCUGGUGCUGCUGAGCGUCAUGGCGGUGGAGGCGCGCUGGCCGGGGCUGGACCUGCUGUGGUUCCUGCCGCUGUCCUGGCGCCGGUCCUCGCCGCUGUACCCCGCCGACGACCCCAGCACCCGCCCCUGGCGCGCCAAGCUGGCCGCCGGCCUCACCUCGCCCUCCAGCUCCGCGGCCGGAGCCCUGGUGCGGCGGCGCGGCAGCGGCGCUAUGCCCAGCGUGCCCGAGGACGACCUGCUGUUCAGCGCCACCUCCAUGGACAGCGUGGGAGGGGAUGGGGAAGGAGAGGAGAUGGAAACGGCGUCGCCUGACGCGACGGGCGCCGGGAAAGCGAGGGCGGGUGGGAAGGCGGGGGCAGGGCAUCCGGAAAAUGGGGAUGCGGCGGCGGCGGAGGUGGACUUGUUGCUGGAGGCGGAGGAUGCGCUGCUGCAGCACCUGCGGAGCGAGCGGGUGCCGUCGUCGCCGGCUCACGGCGGCGGCCAUCGCCGCGUGCUGCGCGGCGCGGCGGCAGGCAGUGGGGUGGUGGUGGUAGACGUGGAGGCGGCGGGAUACAGCAUGAGCAGUAGCACGACUGCGGCGGCGCUGGCAGUAGCGGCUGCAUGCGGCGCCAGCAGCAGCAGCGCCGCCGGCGGCGCCGCCGGUGCGGUGUGGACUGCGAGCGCCGCUGCGGGCGGCGGCGCGGCGGGACGGGGUGGAGCCGGCAGAGCUACCACGAGGGCGGCAGUGGCGUCUGCGGUCGGCGCCGCGGCGGCCGCCGUCGCAUUGCGUGUUCCACGCCGAUGGGCCCGAGGGAGAAAGAUUGAAGACCAUGCCGGCGGAAGCGACUCGGCGCGGGCGCCUAUGGACCCCGCAGUGCACGGUGGCACCCACGGCAAGAGUGGCACUGCUGCUGGCGGCGGCGCUGGAAGAGCGGCUGCCACUGCCGCCGCCAGGCUCAUUGGUGGCAGCAGCAACAGCGCGAGCAGCGGCAGCAGCAGCAGCGGCGGCGGCCUGCCGCGGCUGGGCCUGUCAGUGCUCAGCGGUACGGCAGCAGGGGGCAGCUGUGGGAACAGCGGGCGGCUCCAUCAGCGGCAUGGGUACUUAAACAGCCCUGAGCGAGGUGCUGGCGGCGGCGGCGGCGGCGGCCAUGGCGGCGGCGCGGAGCGCCGCGGUGGCAUGGGAGGCACGGUGGGGGACGGCGCUGGCUGCGUGCGGUCUGCAGCCGCGGACGGCGACGUCAGUCUGCGGCACGGCAUGGUGCCCGGACCCCUGAUGCUGGGCUCGCAGACGGCAGUAGCAGGCGGCCCUGCUGCCGGCCCUGCAGCUUGCGGCCCUGCUGCCGGCGGCCCUGAUGCUGGCGGCGCUGCUACUACUGCCGGUGGUGCUGCUGGCGGCGCUGGCAUUGCUGCUGGUGAUCGUGGGGGCACAGCCGCCGCACCAUCGCCAGGGGCAAGCCCCGGUGCGGCUGCAGCAGUAGCAUUGGCAGUCACGGCAGCAUCCGGCGGCGGUGGUGAUGGGGGCGCUUAUGCCGCUGCCGCGGUCACUGCACCUGCUGCCGUAGACGGGGGCAGCCGCGGCGGCGAUGCAAGCGGUGGUGACGGCGCCAAGAGCGGCGGCCCCGGUGAAGAGAACCGGAGGGUUAUGUUGGCCGCUCCAUCUUCGCCGCAAGGCGCCAGCGGUGCUAGCGGUGCGGCCCCUCAGGCUUCAGGAGGUGCGCUGCCACCGCCCCUCCUCCGACCACCCACGGCGGUGCUUCGUGCCGUGGCGCUGCUGCGGUCCAUGGAGAAGGGCAGCAGCAGCAACGCCGGUCGCCCAGACGGCAGCGGCGGGGCCGCCAGCAGCGACAGUAGUACGCGAUCAUCGCUAGAUGCUGCCGCGGGACGGCCGUGAUGAAAUAGAUGAGCCCGCAACCGCACGUGCAUGCAGCUGGUGAAGUACGGGGCAGCACGGAGCAUGGAGGCUGCCUCACAGUCGUAGCACACUAGCACGGUAGCACGGGAGUCGGGCGUAGGAUGCAGAACAAGCAUAGUAAGCGCGGCGGAUAAAGAAGUGCACAUGAACCGGGUCGGGAAUCAAUGAAUGUGUAGAGUGCAACAUUUAAAAGCCACAUAGGUGGUGCCACAGGGGGGGGGUAGAAUCUUCCGAAACAGACCCCAUGCCUCAAAUUACUAGAGCUCAACGAGAAAAUCACGAAUCCGCUUUCAAAAUUGAAAAUGGGUUUCUGGAUGCAAAGUUAUGGCCCCUCAAAGUUGUCGGUCGGUCGGUCGGUCUGGGGUCCCACGAAGUUUUGCACAGGUUCGUGCCAAGUUUUGUUCCUAGCGCUUCUGUCCUGCAACACGCGGCGCAAUGGGUGCAGCUCCACGAUGCGUGCGUAGGUAUACCCCAGGCUCAGCACACGUGCAUAGUUUGGGGCAGUUUGGGGAGCGGCAUGUCGGCAUCUCGGGAGAUGCCUGGGGAACUGGUCAGGGACAAGCCGGUGCCGGCCGGGUUUUGCAUGGUGAACUUGUCAGCACAUUUCGCACUAUCAAGUAACAUCGGAAUAAGCCGUUGCAUAGCAGGCCAGUCUAUCAGGAUACUUGUCGGCAGACGGUUGGACAUGUCUACAUGUCCACAUGUCGGUCGGCCAAUGUAGUAGGACAGUCGGUAAAAGACACAUCUAGAUGCCCCAGGGCGCCGUCCGCAGGGUUAUAUACUUGUGUGUCGUAGAACUUCCGUGUUCCGCCCACAGCCAAAGUGUGUUCCCAAGGCGGAUCAUUGUACAUAGCGAUAGAGCUCACCGAGAGCAGUCGAUUGGCACCAACCUGACAAAAAACU